UUGACACCCCAAAAAGUUCUUUAAAACCAAUCCUCUCGCAAAGGAAAGAAAAGGCCCUGGACCUUUUCUUCAUGAAUUCGCUCAUCGGUUUGCUCUUGCUUUCCAUCCUGACUAUGGUGGACGUGAUCCAUUCCUCUUCUUUUUCUUCUUUGUCUUCUUCGUUCCUGGAUCCACAAAACGCUGCAAGAGCUCGAGUCGGGGUCGCCCCCCUCGUCUGGGACGAUCGCCUCGCGGCCUUCGCGCUCGCCUGGGCGAACUCGAGGAGGAUCUUUGGAGCCUGCUCGCUCCAGCACUCGCGAGGCCCCUACGGCGAGAACAUCUUCUGGGGGAGUGGCGGCGCUGGGCGGAGCUGGAAUCCAUCCGACGCUGUCGAGUCGUGGAUGAGCGAGCGGCGGUGGUAUGACUAUGGCACAAACUCUUGCCUUGGCGGCCGCGGUGCCUGCGGCCACUACACCCAGGUGGUGUCGAGGUUCUCGCGCCGGGUUGGCUGUGCUCGAGUCCAGUGUGGCCGUGGAGACGUGUUCAUGGCGUGCGACUAUUUCCCUCCUGGAAACAAUGGCCAGAGACCAUUUUAACAAAAUGCAUCAGUACAAAGUUGAAGUGGUAGUAGAAAAGUAGCAUCGCAAGCGUAGCGUGUUUCUUCUUUCCCAAGUCGUAAAGCUGUGAUGGAUGAUGGAUUAGUCAAUACGUUGCUCCCGGG